ACUAUGGCUGCCAGUCUGUCUCUUACUCAGCUCUCCAGUGGAAAUCCCGUCUAUGACAAAUACUAUCGACAGGUUGAUCCGACUGGCAGCGGACGAGUGGCAGCAGCAGAUGCUGCGUUGUUCCUAAAGAGGUCUGGCCUGGCUGACCUGGUCCUGGGGAAGAUCUGGGACUUGGCAGACUCUGAGUGCAAAGGUUUUCUCAACAAACAGCAAUUCUUCAUAGCUCUCCGGCUGGUGGCUUGUGCACAAAAUGGGCUGGAGGUGGCGCUCAAGAGCCUCAGUCUGGCAGUUUCUCCACCUAAGUUUCAUGACACUAGCAGCCCACUUUUACCAGGGGGUAUGGCAAUCGACAUUCCCUGGGUUGUCAAGGCUGAGGAGAAGAUGAAGUUUGACGCCAUCUUUGAAAGUCUGGCUCCAGUGGGAGGGAUGCUCACAGGGGACAAAGUUAAGCCCGUCUUGCUUAACUCCAAAUUGCCUGUGGACGUCCUGGGCAGGGUCUGGGAGCUCAGCGACCUUGACAGAGAUGGAAUGUUGGACAGAGAUGAAUUUGCGGUGGCCAUGUAUCUGGUGUACAGAGCUUUGGAAGGGGAGCCUGUACCCAUGUCCCUACCCCCUCCCCUUGUCCCGCCCUCAAAAAGGAAAAAGCCCUCUGUGCCUCCCCUGAUGCCCCUGUUGCCUUCACCCCCUUCUGCCAAAGAUGGUCGCUCCUCCCACACUGGGUCUAAGACCAUGCCUCAUCCCCCUAAACCAGCCCCUGCUCCAGCCCCAACACCAGCAGCCUCCCCUUGGGUGGUGUCUCCAGCAGACAAGGCAAAGUACGAUGAGCUGUUCAGCAAGACUGAUGGGGAUAUGGAUGGACUUGUGUCUGGACCUGAGGUCAGAGAUAUCUUCCUCAAGACUGGACUCCCGUCUGCCACACUCGCACGCAUCUGGGAGCUGUGUGACAUUGGUGACAUAGGGAAGCUGACCAGAGAGCAGUUUGCCUUGGCUCUGUAUCUGAUUAAUCAGAAGCUGAGUAAAGGUCUGGACCCUCCCCAGAGCCUGGCCCCUGAGAUGAUCCCCCCCUCAGACAGACACAGUAUCAAACAGAAUAAUACCGUCAACCUGGCAGCUGACUUCUCCGCCAUUAAGGAGUUGGAUUCGCUGAGUAACGAGAUUAUUGACCUACAACGCGCUUUUCUAGACACCCAAAGCGCUUUACAUUGAAGGGGGUAACUCACCUCAACCACUACCAAUGUGUAGCACCCACCUGGGUGAUGCAUGGCAGCCAUUUUGUACCAGAAUGCUCACCACACAUCAGCCUGAGGUGGAGAGGGAAGAAUUAUUGAGCCAAUUACAUGGGGGGAUGAUUAGGUGGCCAGAUGGAGAGAGCCAGAUUGGGAAUUUUGCCAGGACACAUAUAAUACAUAUUGUUUUGUUACAUAUUUAUGUAAUAAAAGUGAA